GCAAAAGCAAUCUACGUUGCAUUAUUUUAAGUGUGCGCUCUAUUGGCUGAUUGAAAUGAUAAAAUAUGUGGGUGGGACUAUACCUUGUUAUUUUCUCUCUCUUGAAUAUUUAAUGAAGCUGGAAGAAGAGACGCUUAAGCUACUCUUUGCUAAAAUCAACUAUGACUGUGAUCUUUUUUGUUAUGGGAUUAUUUCAAUUAAACACCACAUAAAUCAGAAUGCUUGUGGUGUUUAUUUCUCUGAUUUCGCUUCAAUCACUGCUCAAGAUUGUUUUUGGUAUUUCUGGCAAGAUGUGCUGGCAAAGAAAAUUAGACUUACUGUGAGAGGAUAAGAUAAGAUGUUUAAAUAUUUACAUUCAAAUAAAAGAAAAUAAUCUUAUAAAGACCUCUUGUGUUCCGUCAAAUCCGAAGUAGUGCAUAUUGUCAAAAGUGUCCAUUCAAUAUCAUUUUUAGUAUUGCACUUGCGAUGGAAACUAUGUUGCUUUUUAGAAGAAAUUUGCAGCAUGAUACACAAAAGGACAGAGAAUGGUGGUGGUUAACUGUUAACACCCCACCAAAUUGCUGACAUAAGGAUAAUGACAGGCCAUUUUCUUAGUUAAUUAAGCAAGUGGCUUGACUUAAAGGUAUUCUAUCAGGAUCAUAUUCUAUUGUCAUUUAUCGUAAAUAUAUAUCCGCAAGUUUGCCAUAAUCAAGCUUAAAGACUCCUUCAAAGUUUUCAAAAGCGUCUAGAUCAAGUAUCAGCAAUUUCUGCAACAUAUAUUUCUCUGCUAUUUGCCAACUCUAUUGUACAUCAAACCUCUCAAAGCUAUUGAAAUCAUGAAGCAAAGGGAAGGUAAAAGGGUAGCUGAUGGAAAGAAGUCUAACAAGAUCGCUCCACCACCUCCACCACCAGCAUCGAGGUUUCUUAGCACGAAACUGACAACACCAAGCCUGACCAAACAGGAGAUCGCUAAGUAUUGGAAGCAGAAGCGCAAGACUGAAGAAGAGCACUUCCUUGAUGCCAUCAAGGCUGCAGCCAGAAUCAGGGCGCGCAAUCUCUCGGCGGAGGAGUACAAUCACUUUUUGUAUUCCUUGAAGGUGGAUGAUGACAACAUGGAGAACGAAAUGGUACCUAAGAACAUCUCCGAAAUCAAUGAGAACAUGAAGGAGAAGAGAGUUGGUAUAAAGGACUGGUGGACGAAGAGCAAAUAUGCAUAUCUAAACCAGCCUGCUUUGAAGUCCAUGGAACGCCAUGGUUCCACUUAUAUUCCGCAACUAUAUUGCUACAAGGCUCCACCUCCACCAGUUACAAGCACUUUUGGGAUCUUCUAGGCAAUUCAUCAUGCCGUUCACGCACAGUCAUAUUUCAUCUGUGUAUGUAUUGUGCUUGUCUAUAUAUCAUUGUUUGUUUUAAGUGUGUGAUCCUCAAAGGGAGUGUCAUAAAUAUGAUCAUUGAAAUUAUUGUAUAUGGGGUUGUGAACUAGUCUGCUGCACUAGUGGUGGAAACUGCUGUCAAUAAAUAAUGGUUUUAUUAUUGGUGCUGCUCCAUCUAUUUCAGCUUUCAAUUCAUC